GCUUUCCCACCGGUGAGCGGAAUUCCCGGCGCCGAAUUCUACGCCGCUGCAGCCGCCGCCGCAGCUGCGGCCGCCGCCAACUCCUCUGGUGUUCCCAGUCCUUCGGCUGGCGUCGUCGUCGGCAGCGGCGCUGGUGGCAACGGUGGUGGCGGUGGGCACUCGAAUUCACACGCCUCGGCGCACACUCAUAGUCACUCUUCGGCUGCCGUUGCAGCCGCGGCCGCGGCUGCCGCCGCCGGUCUAGGCUACGCCCCCGGUACGGCGGUGACUGUUGGCAACGGCGGCGACGCCUCGGCAACCGUACCGACUGGCGGCUACUCAACGAGUUCUGCGGCUGCGGCGGCAGCUGCCGCAGCAGCAGCAGCAGCUGCAAUCGGUAGCAUCUACUCCCUCGGCAACCGGGUCGAUGAGACCUGUACCGCCUAUCCGCAUGUUCAUCACCAUCAACACCAUCAACCGGCCGGUUCGACGCGUUCCAACUCGGCCUCAGCCAUCGGACCUGCCGGUACCACCGGCACUGCCGGCAGCCUCACCAGCCUCGGGUCGUCAACGUCGACGUCGGGGGCGGCCGGCAGUCUCGUCGGUUACUACCCGGCCUCGGCCGCCGGCGCCUAUUCCCCCGCCGCCGGCUACCCAGCGCCCGAUUCCCCCUCCUCCGUCUCCUACCUCCACUCGGGCCUCUCCGGCCUCUCCAGCCAGCCCAGCCACCAUCUACACCACGUCGCGGGUACCGGUCACUCGGCCGCCCACCACCAACACCAGCUACAGCAACAACAGGCCCAUCUUCUCAUGGGGCAACAACAGCAACAACAACAACAGGCGCCGGCAUCACUUUUGCAUCAAUCGCAGCUGCAAUCGCAACUCCAUCUCGGCCAUUCGGCCGGUCAACCACUCCAUCAUCCCACCAGCUCCACUCCUCUCGGCCUCUGUCAAGACUCCUCGGACGUCCUUGACGCCGCCCAAGACGUCGGCGCCAACAACGCAGCCACUCUGGCCGCCGCCCGUUAUGCUGCCGCCGCAUUUGCGCUUCACCACCACCACCAACAUCAUCAUCACCACCAACAACAACAGCAACAGCACAGCUUGGACGUGCAGAAGAGCCACCAGUCAUACCUGUCUGGUGUUGCCAACACGGCAGCAGCGGUUGCCGCGGCAGCCGCUGAAGUCUCCUCUUCUUCCUCCUCCUCCUCCUCCUCGUCGUCGUCAUCAUCGUCGUCGUCCGCCUACACUCCCCCCUCUGGCGGGGGCGGGCCCGGCGGCGCGUCAGGAUACGCCGCCGGACACACACCCAACGGCCACCUCGGCCAGUCGGACGGUUGCCUACCGAUCGGAGCCACAGCUACUGCAGUCUCUCGUCUCUCGGCCUACUACUCGCAUCACCUGGCAACCAGUGCCGCGCCCGGAUACAUCGUGACCGAGGCCGACCUGGCCGCCUCUCAGGUCAGCCCCACCCUGCAAGCCUCGGCAGCCGUUGGCGCCGGCGCCGGCUUCACCAUCGCCUCUCCUCCUCCCGCCCCGACGACCGGUUCCGUCUACUCCGCCUCUUCUGCCGGUCCGCUUGGCCUCGGCCACACACCACUUCAUCUGCCCCCACUUCCGCAUCACAGCGGCCAGCAUCUGCUCACCAACCACCACCACCACAAUCAACCGCAUCAGCCCCAUCAUCACCACCAUCAACAACAACAACAGCAGCAACAUCAGCACAGCAACCACCAUCUCCAUCAACAACACCAUCCCUCGGCCGGCGGAUUCCUGGGCGCCACCAGCGUUCCGGUCACGGGCCAACCUUCACUGCAGGACAUUCACGCCGCCUAG